AUGCCGACGUGCUCCAGUAUAUUCUCUACUUCAGUAUCCGCCCUCCGUCAUCUUGUCAGCAGUUUUCAACCUCCUCUAGACUCAUUUGUCUUUCCUAGAACCCGGCUGCAAGCUCCCGUGGAGGUAUGGUCGCUUGGAAUUCAGGCAGAACACCGCGCACCGUCGUCACUAGUCAAAAUCGAGCACUGUGCGAGUAUUUCCAACCCCAAGCAUGACUUCCUGAUUGUCCAUGUGAAGCACUACUCUAGUUGGACUGCGGCUUUCACCCUCGAGCGUGUAUCUGGUGCAGCUGGCGACGACACUGUGCUGACCUCUUCCCCUCGCAUCGUGGAUUAUGUUGUAGUGCAGUCGAGCAUCGCUAAAAAUGCGCUCUCCACCAUCACGCAAUCACACAUACCGUUCGAGACCAUCAGGACUUUGACAUUCCCCUCUACCAAUCACGGCCGUAACCCCCCUCCAACUGACGUCCAGCUUUCUGUCCUUCUUCUCUUGCUCGCUGAAAACCAUGCCAUGCUCUCCGACGUUCAUCAUCGUGAUUCUGCAUGGUACACCGGAACCGUCUUCGAUGCUCUCAAGCGAAUAUUCUCUGGUCGCGAACAUAUGCAGCGCGGCAAAAUCCCUGAUGCUGGAUGUGUAACAGCGAUGAACUCUACUCUUGGGGCGAUUGUUGAAGAGUAUGGGGUAGCAUGGAAUGCCUUCAAUGAAUAUGUGAAACAGAGGGAAACUAGUGUCGAUCAAGGCCAACAACGUGCAGACGACUAUAGGAAGUUAGGCAAGAGGCGAGUCGGAAAAGUUGUCCAGCUCGAGUCUCUCGACACCAAGUAA